CCGCCCCGCCCCGGGCGCGCAGGUGUCGCACGGGGUGGGAUGUCCGCGGUGCCAUGGCGGGGGCUGCGAGGGACACCCCGACGGGCGAGCAGAAGGGGUACAGGCUCUCAGUGUGCAGCAAACUGUGCUAUGCCAUAGGAGGUGCCCCAAACCAAGUGGCAGGGAGUGCUGCUUCUUUCUUCCUGCAGAUCUACCUGCUGGACAUAGCCCAUAUUACUCCGUUUCAUGCCUCUUUGGUGCUGUUCAUUGGCAAAGCCUCAGGUGCAGUUACUGAUCCUGUUGCUGGCUUUUUUAUUAGCAAAAGUAGAUGGACAAAAAUAGGCCGGCUCAUGCCUUGGGUGCUGGCAUGUACACCCUUCACUAUAGUCUCCUAUUUUUUUAUGUGGUACCCUCCUCCGUUUGUAUCAGGAAGAGUUGCUUGGUAUCUGACUUUCCACUGCCUUUUCCAAGCACUGACUACAUUAUUCCAAGUACCAUAUUCUGCCCUCACCAUGUUUCUCAGCACAGACCAGAAGGACAGAGAUUCUGCAACAGCAUAUAGAAUGACCAUGGAAGUUCUUGGGACCUUGAUUGGAGCUGCACUUCAGGGGCAGAUUGUGGCCAGUGCUCAUGUCUCUCCUCACUGCACUGUGAAUCCCUCAGUAAACACUAGUGACUCCUGGAAUGACACUCCCAGCAUUCCAGACCCCUCAGAUCCCCUGUCUCAUCAGGCAAAAGUUUACAUGAUUGCAGCAGGGGUCAUAGCAGGUGUGUAUCUUCUUGGAAUUGUCAUUCUUUUUCUUGGAGUAAAGGAAAGGGAUGAUCCUUAUGCCUUAAAAUCAGACAGAGCAAUUCCUUUUUGUAAGGGGCUUGCACUCACCAUGAAGCAUGGUCCAUAUGUGAAGCUUACAGCUUCAUUUCUUCUCAUCUCGACAGCAGUUCAGCUGGAACAGGGGAACUUUGUCCUGUUCUGCACGCACGCUGCUGGCCUCCGGAAUCACUUCCAGUAUUUGGUGGUGACCAUCUUGGUAUCAGCAGUUGUGAGUGUUCCCUUCUGGCAGAAGUUUCUGCAGAGAUUUGGCAAGAAGUGUGCAGCAUGUGGGAUUUCGUGGAUGAUUCCUUUUGCAGUCAUGUUAGUGACCAUUCCAAAUGUGAUCCUGGCUUACUUUGUGGCCUUCAUCUCUGGUCUGAGCAUUGCAGCGUCUCUUCUGUUGCCAUGGUCAAUGCUGCCUGAUGUUGUUGAUAACUUUCGUCUGCAGAAUCCCCAUGGGAAAGGACAUGAAACCAUUUUCUAUUCCUCUUACGUUUUUUUUACCAAGAUGUCAGCAGGAAUUGGCUUAGGAAUUUCUGCAGCAGGACUGGAGUUUACUGGAUACAAGCCAGGGAUAUGCAGACAGUCAGAUGAUGUGAUCCUCACACUGAAACUCCUCAUUGGAGCAGUCCCUGCCAUCCUCAUCCUUUUAGGUUUAUUUAUACUCCUUUUCUACCCUAUCACUGAAGAAAGUCGGAAAGAAACAAAGCUUGCCCUUGAAGAGUUAAGGAGGAGCCAUCAAAGCACAGAGAACUUGGACAGCCACAAAAAGGACACCUCGGUCUGAAAGCUCUGAAUGCAGUGGCUUUCCAAUACAGACUCACAUCCCACCAACCAACUCUGAGAGUUUUCCAGGUCAUUUCUCUGCUCACAUUUUAUCAAAAAGGACAAAGGAUGAUUCUGAUAUAGCCCGUAAGGAAAUUGAGAGCGGACACCAUUGUGCAAAUAUACAUCUAACUCAAUGCACUGUGCUAAAAAAGACAUUACACAUACUCAGAAAUGUAAGCUAUUGAAGGCUUGGGGGUUUUUUGUUUGUUUUUUUUUCAAUGAUUAAUGAGAAGCUGUGAUCUUGUUCAUGGGAUAUUUUAUGCAUUUGUAACUUAAGGAGGAAAAAAAAGUAUAAAUGUGACCAGAGAAUUUUUGAAGGUUCUGAACUGGAAAAUACUCAGAAGGGUCAUUGAGUCCAAUUCAUGAGGCACCAUCCAAAUAUUAACUCACAAUAUGCUUCACCCUUGGGGGCUGGGGUGGAUUUUGAGCACAAUCUUUACCUAUAACUUGCACACUAUUGUGUUUGGAAAGCACUUGGGAACCUGAAGUAUACUAUAUGAAGUUAGGAUUUACUUUGUUUUGAAAUUAGGCAAAUCACUGAUGCAGACAUAUUUUGAGGAUUUUUUUUUCCCUUUUUUUUUUUUGAAAGAUUUUGAGGUAAUCUAAUUUACAGGUUCCUAUAGGAUCCUAUAGUAAAUAGAACCCUGCAUUUCCCAUUACUGAUGUUUCUUACUUCUGAAACCCAUAAACUGAUUUCUGUCAGAGAAUAUUUUCAAAAUCAGCAUCUCCCCUGAGGAUAUGAAAAAUCAA